AUGUCAGGCCCGGCUACACUACGCUCACACAAAGGGCUUUUAACUCGAUACCGCAAUUGCUUAACGCGGCUUCUUGACGAGCAAUCCCCAACGCAGCCAGAUGACGUUCGCAUAGACCAAACAUCAAUACAAAAACUCCGCAGAUCCUCCUUUGUACUAUCAGCAACGAAGCAGCUCGUCACAGAUGCCCUAAAUAACUUCACGUCCGCACUAGAUGAUCUUCAAGAACCACUCACUGAAGAAAACGAUAAGCAAGUGACGCAGUAUUUAGACAAAGCUCACGCAGUGUUGGAGCGAGCACAAGAACGAAUAAUCAGCAUAGAGGGGCAACUAUUAGGACCCAGUCAGGAAGAAACAACAGUAGUACAAAUGAGAACUGCAGCACAAAUUCCAAAACUCCCAGCGAUCCCUAUACCAACGUUUACGGGGAAAAUCUGGGAAUUUUCAAAUUUCUGGACACUGUUCGAAGCCAAUGUACAUCAACAACCUUUGACGAAGCUUCAGAAAUUCAACCAUCUUGUCAACACUUUGAGAGGAGAAGCCCGAGAGCUUAUACGCCGUUAUCCCAUCACUGAGUCAAAUUAUGAUCAUACAGUUGACCUCUUACACUCUAAAUACGACAAUGAGACAGCUCUCAUCGGGAAUCUACCAACGCGUCUAGAAACGGCAAAAGCUGAAUCAAAGAACAUCAAAGCACAGAGACGCCUUCUAGAAACGAUCAUUCCGAUCAUCACACAGCUACAAGAACUAAGGGUCAAUCUCGACGGAUCCUACCUCUCGCAGAAAAUUCUUGCCAAGUUCUCAACCACUCUGCAGCGUCAAGCAUUACAAGAGUACGUCGCGCAGAAUACACAAGAAAGCGAUUGGAAUAUGAGUCGUACAUUGUCAAUCCUUGACAACCUUAUUUCCACCGAAGAAAAAAUCAACGAAAUGGUAGAUAGAAAUGAGCGAGAGGAUGCAACACCCACUUAUCAAUCAGACAAAUAUACAAAGAGUCGUUGUCAAAAGAUUCCAUCAUCAACAUCACAGCAGUGUUGUAUGUUUUGCUACUCCAACACACACAAAUCGGUUGAUUGUAAUCGAAUGUCAAGUCCAUCAGAUCGUCGAACAUUCCUGCUUAACGACAACAGAUGCUUGAAUUGCGGGAGAGAAGGACACUUUCUCGCAGAAUGUAUAAGCAAAGGAUGCAGGAAUUGCAAUGGACAGAAACACCAUCAUACCAUCUGUCCAAGAUAUGCGAAGGGCCCCAACGCGACAGAGGCGAAAGGACCCAUGACUCAGAAACCACCACGAGACUGGGUAGAACAGACACUACCACAACCUCAGAAGCUACACGCAGUCACCUCUAAACUAAACAGACAGAAAUCAGAAAAGAAAAUAGCUCGAGCCAAUCCCGUACAGACGCAUGGUACGGAUUUCACAGACAUCAUCUCCGAGACGUGUCCCAGCACAACAGUACUUCAUAACGCAGAACGUGAUAAGGGCAGUCAUCACGUCCUGCUAUUAACCGGUGUAGCAAAAGUUUGGGAUGAACCAAACAAACUAUGGAAAGAGGUGGAGAGCCUCUUUGACACCGGAGCCGACCAGUCGUUUAUUAGCCAACGUCUUGCGGACGAAUUGGGACUGGAGUGUACAAAACAACAAGAAUUUUUAAUGUACACCUUCGGCACAGAAAAACCACACCAGCACAUUGUGGAACAACCCAGCUAG